GAAAUUCUCAACACAAAUGUGUAGAUAAUGAUGACUAUGCCUAUGUAUAUGUAUUUGUAUAGAGAGAUAGAAAUAUAUACAUACAAAGUAAAUAAAAUAAGAGAAACAAAUCUUGAUACAGAAGAUGACCUUUAUGAUGAAUACAGAUAGACAUAGGGACAGACAGAGAAAUGAAAGACAGCAACAUAUAUAGACAUAUAUAUAGAUAUGUAGACAGACUGAUUGUCUCUGGGGCGGCGUGGAUUAAGGCCCCUACCCCCUGCUGGCCCCCAGUUACCUCUCUGUAUGUGCUUGUCCUGUGACCAUUCCCCCUCCCCAUUGUGCCUGUGUCUAAUCCCUUCAGCGAAGUCUGAAUGCGCCAGGCUUGGCAGCGAUGGCUUUAUAAAGUGAGCCUUGGUGGGAAAGCAGCAGCACAGUCUGCCCCGACCUGACGGAAGAGUCGCAGCGCCGCACAGAAGCAUGGACAUGACAGCGCUAGCGUCUGCCUCUGCCCGCAUCGCCCUAGGGGCUUCCGCCAGAGUGAAGGAGCGCAGAAGAGCUCCAGUCUCCCAUAAAGUCAUAGAGAAGAGGAGGAGAGACAGGAUAAACAGGUGUCUCAGCGAACUGGGCAAAACGGUGCCUAUGGCAUUAGCCAAACAGAACUCAGGAAAACUGGAAAAAGCUGAAAUAUUGGAGAUGACAGUUCAGUACCUGAGAGCUUUACACGCCACAGAUUUGCCAAGAGGCAGAGACAAAGAUCUCCUGUCUGAAUUUGCCAAUUAUUUCCAUUAUGGCUACCACGAGUGCAUGAAGAACCUGGUGCACUAUCUGACGACCGUGGAACGAAUGGAGACAAAGGAUAACAAAUAUGCGCGUAUUGUCGCCUUCCUGCAGUCUAAAGCCCACCUGUCCACCGAGCCCAUCUUCAGCCCUCUGCAGGAGGUUGAGGUGUCUUGCCAGCUUCAUUCCCCCCCUGACUAUGCAAGUCCUGUAGACUCUACCUUCCCACCGUGCUCAGGAGGUUCUUUCUCAUGGCAUGGCACUGCCAGAAGCCCCACACUCAAUUAUCUUGGGAGCCCGACAGCAAUGUCUCUUUCCUGCAGUCCUUCCCAGCAGUCAGCACAUAGCACCUUCUUGUCCCCGGUGCAGAGCUUGGACAGACAUUACCUCAACUUUCUGGGACAUUCACACACCAGCAAUUUUGGGGUGCACAGCACGCAGCAUCCUACUGUGAUAUGACUCCAACUCUGCUCAGUCUGUGAACUGUAUGAAAUGCCCAGGAGUUUUCGUUAAAAUGACGGGGCAAAACUUAGCCUUCCCAUAAUGUUUUCUUUUUGUCUUUGUGAGGCAGUUGUCCACCCCGUAUGGUUCAACCAACCACAAGUGAUAAGAUCUAAUGUAUGACACUUCUCUAUCCUUUUCCAUCUUUCUGUUUGUGCCUUUUACCAACAAAGGUCACUAAGAAAGUCCCCUCUAUUUCCUAACUUAAAUUUGUUUUUUUUUAAUUCGAUGCAAAAAUAUAGUUUUUAACAAAACAAUUGUAGAUACCAUAUCAAUAAAUCAACACAUGAUAGAAGUGAGCCCCCUCUCAAUAAAGAAAGAGAUGAGGGGAUACCCAAAACUAUUUUGCGGAACUUCAGAACACUUAGCCCAUAUUAACUCAACUCUGUAUAUCUGCCAUUUGUUAUAUCAGCAGUAGUUUUACUCUUUGGAACCUUUAUUAAAUGCACUGAUUAUGUAGACAUCUUACAGUUCUUACAAGUUCAAUUGGUAUGUAAUAAUAAUCCCUGCUGUGAAUAAGUCCCAUAGGGCUCUGUGACACCAUGAAGAAACUUUGAGGUUACUCCAGUGUCUCUUUAAAGCAGAAUCCUGGUUUUAGGGUCAAGGUACAACAGCACUUAGUUGACAAAACCUCCAGUCCCUACUUGCCCUUAAAAUAAAUAGGUGCUUUUUUUCCAUUGAAAGGUUGUGCCAAGUGUCAGCAUACAGAAACGGGGAAUUUUUUUUGCUAUGUACAUAUUGUACAUACAACUACUAUUUUGUCAAUAAUUUAUUGAGGCAAUUAUGUGUUUCUGUUUCUUUUGUAAGCUGCAUAUAUUUAUAUGUACCAUUUGUAAUAAAUGCUCCUUAUUGUA